AUGUAUCCUGGUAUUACUACUGCUCAAUUAGAUGAAUUAGCUGCCGAGAUUGCUGUUGACAUGACCAGCAUUCAUCCCGAUUAUGCUGUAUUAGCUGCACGUAUCACUAUCUCUAAUCUCCAAAAAGAGACCCACGAUAAAUUCUCCCAAGUUGUCCAAGAUUUAUACAAUAAUGUUCAUCCCAAAACUGGUGCUUCCAACCCUUUGGUGUCCAAAGACUUUUUGGAUCUCGUUUUGAAGAAUGCUGAAGCUAUUGAUAAUGCCAUUGAUUACCAACGUGAUUUUGACUUCAAUUACUUUGGUUUUAAGACAAUGGAGCAAAACUUUUUAUUGAAGGUUAACGACAAGAUUAUUGAACGUCCCCAACAUAUGAUGAUGCGUGUAGCACUCGCUAUUCAUGGUGAUGACUUGGAAGCAGCUUUCAAAUCUUACGAUUAUACUUCUCGCAAACUCUUCACUCAUGCUGCUACUACUCUCUUAAAUGCCGGUACUGUAUGUGGUCAACUCUCCAGUUUCUUUGAGGUUCAAAUGAAGGAAGAUAGUAUCGAAGGUAUCUACGAUACCGUUUCUACUUGUGCACGUAUUUCCAAGGCUUCAGGUUCUGUCGGUAUGAGUUUCCAAAAGAUUCGUGCCUCUGGCUCUUACAUUGCUGGUACCAAUGGUACUUCAAACGGUAUUAUUCCUAUGCUCCGUGUCUUCAAUGAUGCUGCUCGUUUUAUUACUCCUGGUGCCAGAAAGGUCAAGGGUACAUAUGCUGUAUAUCUUGAGCCUUGGCAUGCUGAUAUCUUUGAGUUCAUUGAUCUCUCCAAGCACUCUGGCGAGGAGAAUCUUCGUGCUCGUCAUCUUAACCUUGGUCUUUGGAUCCCUGACAUCUUCAUGAAGCGUGUUGAGGAUAAUGGUGACUGGUCUUUGAUGUGUCCUAACGAGUGUCCUGGACUCGAUCUUGCUUUUGGAAAGGAUUUCGAUAAGCUGUACCUCAACUAUGAAAAGCUUGGUAAGUCUAGAAAGGUCGUAUCUGCCCAAAAGCUCUGGUUUGCUAUUUUGGAUGCUCAAAUGGAGAGUGGUAUGCCUUACAUGUGUUACAAGGAUUCCAUCAACGAAAAGAACAAUCAAAAGAACUUGGGUGUCAUUUCUGGAUCUAAUAUGAAUGCUGACAUCAUGCAAUAUUCCGAUGUCGAUGAAGUCGGAUCUUGUAACAUUGCCUCCGUUGCGCUUCCCAAGUGUGUCGAUGCUGAAACCCGUACUUUCAACUUUGAUAGCCUUCAUGAUGUUGUUAAGGUUGCAAUUAAGAACUUGGAUAAGAUGAUUGAUGUCAACAAUUAUAUCAUGGAUGAGAUGAAGAAUAGUGCUACUAAACAUAGACCUCUCGGCUUAGGUGUCCAAGGUUUAGCUGAUGUCUUUUUGAUGAUGCAUUAUCCUUUUGACUCCCCCGAGGCUCGUCAGUUAAAUAAGGAUAUCUUUGAAUCUAUUUACUUUGCUGCUCUUGAAGCAUCUAAUGAGUUGGCCCAAAAGUCUGGUCCUUAUGCUUCAUAUGAAGGAUCUCCUAUCAGUCAAGGUAUUUUACAACACGAUAUGUGGAAUGUUCAAGGCUCUGCUCGACUUGAUUGGGACACUCUUCGUGCCAACAUUAAGAGUCAUGGUGUCCGUAACUCUGUCCUUGUCGCACCUAUGCCUACUGCCACCACCAGUCAAUUCCUUGGUAACAAUGAUGGAUUUGAGCCUUAUCAAACCAUGAUCUUCACUUACCGUUCUCAUACUGGUGAAUGUCAAGCAGUUAACCCUCAUUUGCUUAAGAACUUGAUUGAACGUGGUAUGUGGACUCCUAAGAUCAAAGAAAUGUUGAUUGAAUCAAAUGGCAGUGUACAAAAGCUUCCUUUAAUUUCUGAUGACCUCAAGAAACUUUAUAAGACUGUCUGGGAUAUUUCUCAACGUGUCAUUAUCGAUAUGGCAGCUGACCGUGCUGCUUUUGUUGAUCAAUCUCAAUCCCUCAAUCUUUUCUCUGCUGAACCCAACUAUAGCCGUCUUUCUUCCAUGCACUUCUACUGUUGGAACAAGGGAUUAAAGACUGGUAUGCAAUUCCUUAAGACUAGUCCUGUCGAAGCUAUGAGAUUAACUAUGGGUGAAGAGCCUAAGGAUGAUAUUGAAGAAGAGAUUGAAAAGACUGCCGAAGAUUUAGCUGCCAUUGCUUGUUCUCUCGAAAACCCCGAAGCUUGUGUUAGCUGCAGUGGAUAA